AUGAAUAAUAUCGUAAUUGUAAUUACAAGGUCUGAUGCUAGUGGUGAGGGCAAUAGGAGACCUCGAGGAAUACUUGUUUGUGAGGGGAGUGGUAAAUAUAGGUCUUGCAAGUCUAAUGAGACAAUUGGUGUAAGGUCAGAUGCAAAUGGUGAUACAAAAAAGUGUUCUAGGGACACUGGUACCAAGAAAUGUGGAUGCUCAUUCUUGUUAAAAUGUGUUAAUAUUUGUGAUGAGGAUGAUUGGAAGUUGAAUGUGGUUUGCGGAGUACAUAACCAUGCUUUUUCAGAGUAUCUUGAAGGUCAUUCAUUUGUGGGGAGACUUUCUAAAGAGGAGAAUGCCUUAUUAGUGGACAUGUUUAAGCGUUUGGUAAAACGCAUAGAUAUUUUGGUCACCGUGAAGGAUAUUGAUGCAAUGAAUGUUUCAACUAUGAAGACAACAUACAAUGCUAGGAUCUAA